AUGGCGACUCGACCUCUCGUUACUCUGGUCACCGGGGCCUCCAGUGGCUUCGGCGCGUUGUCGGUGCGAGCCCUGGCAAAGUCUGGCAACAUCGUCUACGCCGGCUUUCUUCAGCCAAACAAUGACAAGACGACGGUGUACAAGGACGCGGCGACCUUCGCCGAGAAAAACAGCUGCCAACUUCGAGGCAUCGAGCUCAAUGUUGUCAAGGAGGACUCGAUCAAGAAGGCCGUCAACCAGAUCAUGGCGGACCAAGGACGCAUUGACGUUGUCGUCCAUAACGCAGGACACAUGAAUUAUGGGCCUGCCGAGUCCUUCACGCCCGAGCAAUUCUUGGAGAUGUACGAAGUCAACUGUCUGUCUUGUCACCGCAUCAACCGAGUCGUCCUGCCUCACAUGAGAAAGGCCGGGCGAGGGCUUCUGGUCUGGGUGUCAUCCGGCAGCGCCCACGGCCCAAGCUCACCGUUUAUGGCGCCGUAUUUCGCAGCCAAGGCGGCGCAAGACUCGCUUGCCCAAACCUACGCGGUGGAAUUGACCCAAUUCGGUAUCGAGACGUCCAUUGUCGUCCCAGGCGUCUUCACGCGAGGCACCAGCCAUUUCACCACGGCCAUGAAGCCCGGCGACCCGGCCGUGGAGAAGGAAUACUUGGAGGGACCGUUGAAAGGCUGGGAUCGGAUCAAUCUGGAGGGCCAUGAUAAGGUGGUGUCCCCCGACGCCGAUCCAGCGGCUGUGGCCGAGGCUGUGCGUCGCAUCGUCGACACUGAACAUGGCAAGAGACCGUUCAGAGUCCACGUCGAGUUUGAUGGAGGCGGCGCGACCAUUGUCAAUGGAGUGCGCGACCUCGUGCGGAAGACGUUCUUGACCAGCUUGGGUCUUGCAGACUUGCUCAAGGUCAAGGUACGAUAG